UUUUACCACUGUUUAAGAAAAACAAGGAAGCGACUAACAGAAGCAGCAGAAUGGUUGUUAACAGGGGGAAGUCAUAGCUAGCUGUCGGUGUCUUCCCAGUAGUUUGUCAGUGAGCUCCACUGCAGAAAUGGAGGCUGGAGGAGGGGAGGAGAGUCCAGAUGUGCAGGGGGCGGCAGCAGCAGCAGAACCAAGCGUUUCUGGACGCCGACAGACUUCUACGAAGCCGGUUUGGUCUUUGCUAGAGGAAGCAGCCCAAAUGAAAACAGAGGGAAACGCUUUCUACAGGGAGAAGAAUAUUCGCUCAGCCAUUGGCCGAUAUCACCGUGCUCUGCUGGUCCUCCGAGGCCUCGACUCUGAUGUGAUGGCGCCAGUGAAAGGAUUUGGACCCGAGUCACCUGCUCUCACACCUGAACAGGAGGCUUCACUGAGAAACACACAAGUGGACUGCUACAACAAUUUAGCUGCCUGUUUGCUGCAGAGACAGAGUGUUGACUACUCUCGUGUGCGGGAGUACAGCUUGCGGGUGUUGCAGUGGCGACCAGGCGAUGCGAAGGCACUGUACAGGGCAGGAGUAGCGACUCUGGAGAUGGGAGAUGCACAGACUGCCAAACAGUACCUCAUCCAGGCCUGCAGAGAGCAGCCUAAUGAUGCUAAUGUGAGGAAGCACCUUCAGAGGGCUGAGGAGAAACUGAAUCGGGAGUUACAAAAAGAGAAGGCCAUGUAUCGAGGCAUGUUUUCUUCCAGCUUGAAGAGCAGCUCCGAAGAAGGGAUUUAACCAAACGAACAGAGCUGGUGAGGGAGUUCAGCCUGCCAGCUCACCCUGCCAAAUAAAGCCUCAACCCAAGAGAGACUGCUUUCAACAGAUCACAAACCGAAUGAGGAAUGAUCACACAUCCUGAAUCACUAAUGUUUCUGUGUCUCCUGUAGACGCUUAUGAAGUGAGCUUAGGAAAGUAAGAAUUGCACAUUAUGCAGAGUACUGGAACGCUGUUAGUAGGAAAGUAAAGAUGUCGCUUCUGAAAAUAGAAAAGAGAGGACAGGAACAUUAGUUUCCUAGCAACAUGGAAACAGAGCUGGUUUUUUAGCCCAAAAGAGCAAGAGUUUGGAUAUUUCACAAAAAUGUGAGACUCUUCAUGCACUACUCAACGUUCUGAUAAUGCCUCCGUGAUUUCAGUUGUCUGGUUAGUGCUGUGAAUGUUGAUUUUGUGACUUCUCAAGUAAAAUAUUUUUUCAUAAAUAA